AUGAUUGUAGUUUAAAAUUUUGCCAGAGAAAAUCUAGUGAUCUAUUACGAUUAAAAAGUCUAUACUUAAAACUAUAUUGUAGACAGAUUUGAAAAGAUAUUCGAAAAAUUCAAAGACAAAGAUACAUCAUUUAGAUUAUACUUUGAGGAGACUUUUCCUCCAAAAUUCACUGACUAUUUCAUUUACUUAUACUCUGACGAUGACAAAAAAUCAGAGUUGCAUCACAAAUUCUUUAGCCAACUCUCAGAGAGAAUGCAAGACUCAGAUAUAGUGAUUGGUCGCUGUGAUUUAACUUCUUCAAUAUUUUGGGGUAUCUGGAGAUAUGGAUUGCCUUAUGUAAGAUUCUAUGGAAGCAAAUUUGAGGGAAAUUUCUAAUAUGUAUAUGAUGGCUUAGAUUUUAAGACAUAUAAUGAAUAUAUUAAAAAUAACUCUCCUAGAUUUGGAAAAAAGCUUGAUGUUAAGAAAGAUCCUAGAGUUUAGGGUGAUAAUCCGAGAAAAUACUAUUGGAAAAGACAUUGUGAGAAUAGAGAUAGAAAUCCGAAGUUGUUAAUGGAUUGGUUCCUUUAUGAAAUAGUCGAUUAUGAUGAGGUUGUGGAACAAUAUCUUUAAGAGAAAAAAUAUCAAUAGCUUCCUGUUUACACAAUUACUACUCUUGGCCAAUAUAAGGGCAAAUAAUAUGACUAACCAUACUUUAUUCCUUACUAUAGAAAUAUUGGAAAGAAACUCAAAGUAGUAAUGUUAGGGUAGCCGUAAUAUAAAGAAAAUUCUAGACUAAACACUAGAUUCUUGAUGAGAGAAGAAUUUAUGGCGAUGGGUAUCUCUUCAUUUAGAAGUUUCCCAGUAUAUAACAAAUGGGAAUUUGAGACAGAUGGCACAAUAGCCUCACAAGAUAGAGACUAUAAUGAACUGACUAAACUCUGGACUGGUUGGUUCCACAAUUCUAGAAACCCAGCAAGAGAUCUAGCUCACAUUAAAACUCCAAGGCUACUUUUUGCUCAUUCUGAUCUAAUGUUUGUGGAAACAAUGGACAAAUUCCCAAAUGGAAUAGAAACUGGUAAAAAAGAUGGCUAUGACGUGGUUAUGUCAAUAUUAGGAAAUUCAAGUUGGCAUGAGGACAUAAAAAAUUGGACCUUAGCCGUGUAAUGCUAUGAGAAAUUAGCUGAAACAGGAAAGUACAAACUUUUACUAAUCGGUAGAGAACUCCCGCCUAGUUUAGUCGGAAAAGUUGAUAGAAUUGCAUAAUUGCCACAAGAAAAAUUUUUCUCUACAUUGGCUAAAGCCUAAAUUCUCCUAGUGCCUAGUAUCUCAGACGCUUCUCCAAGAGUUAUUACUUAGGCUCUGACAAUGAAUGCAGGAAUUAUAGUAAACUAACAUAUUGUAGGGGGAUGGAAAUAUGUGAAUGAGCAAACUGGAGCAUUUGUUGACGAUUUUAAUGACAUUGUAAGACUUGUUGAAGAUGUCAAAAGACGUAGAGCUGAAGGAAUCUUGUAGCCAAGGAAAUGGUUUGCUGAAUUUUCUACUUACCAGUAUUAGAGAUUCCAUAUUAUGGUGAAACUAAUGUGGCAUAGGUUUAAUUUUGACACAGACAUCAAUGGAUUUGAAACUGAUGAAGAGAGAUAUAUAUGUCUUGCCUGCUAAUGA